AUGACCAACAGUUUAGUCGAUGUCCUCCUGCGCUUUCACCAAGGCACGAUUGGUAUUGCCGCAGACAUUGAAGGAAUGUUCCACCAGAUUCGUGUGCACGAAGAAGACCAGGAUUCAUUAAGCUUUUUAUGGUGGACAAAUACCUAUGAAGCCCCACCUGACGUUUACGUUAUGCAAGUACAUAUAUUUGGAGCAGAAUCUUCGCCUUGUGUUGCUAACUCCACCCUUCGGCGAGUUGCCGACGACAUUGCUCAGGACUUCAGCCCCAGUGUCAUUGCAGCUAUAAAAGGAAAUUUCUAUGUUGAUGAUGCUCUCCCUUCUGAGAAUGAUGAGCAGUCAGCCAUUCACCUUGCCCGAGAUAUGGUCGACGUCCAUUUCAUUUCAUUUCAUUUUUCAUUUGGUUUCAAAAUAAGGCAUCUUGACCGCCCUGAGACUAAACGUGGCAUCUUGUCUACUGUUUUUUCCCUGUUCGAUCCGCUGGGGUUCGCUGCACCUGUAGCACUGGCUGCAAGAAGUUUGGUGCAAGACCUGUGGAUGGCUAAUGUUGGAUGGGAUGAGCCUCUGGAUGCCUCAGAAGUCGGAUACGGUGCAUCGUCCUACCUAAGAGCUGAGUACCCGGAUGGUCAGGUUCAUUGUACCUUUAUCAAGGGGAAGGCUAGGAAUGCACCAGUGAAGUUUGUCAGUAUUCCCAGACCAGAGUUGCAGGCAGCAAUACUUGCAACUCGCAUAUGGAAAAUGCUGCGAGACGAAUUAGAUCUGAACAUUGACAGGACAUUGUUGUGGACUGAUAGUGAGAUAGUGUUGCACUAUCUAAAGAAUGAGAAACGAAGACUUCAAACCUUCGUAACCAACAGAGUUGAAGAAAUAAAGGAGCAUUCACCCGUGCAUGAUUGGAACCAUGUGCAAGGGACUUUGAAUCCCGCAGACUAUGUGUCAAGGGGAUUGACCCCAUCUGCUCUGACUGUUGAUCACAGCUGGCUUCGUGGACCUGAAUUCCUGUGGGGACCAGAACAUUCCUGGCCGAAGCAAGAGUGUAGAACUGUGCUUCGUGAAGAUUUGGAACUGAUGAAAGAAACUCAUGUACACUCUCUGGAACUGAACCCCGAUUCAGUUGUGGCGAAGAAAGGGAGCUCGAAAUUUGAACCCAUCAAAGAUCCUAUGGAUGAUCCCUUCCAAGUGCUUGUAACAACCUGCUCUGAUUGGACCCGCCUUAGACGCAAGGUAGCGUGGCUCUUACGAUUUACGCAGUUCAUUAAAGAUAAAGGAAAGGUCCAGACUGGAAGGUUGACUGUUAAUGAUUUGAAUGCAGCUACAUUGGCUAUCGCAAGGAUUGUUCAGGGCUCAGCAUAUGCAGAGGAGAUAAAGGAUCUGAAGUCGAAUGGUGCCAUCAAAAUAUCGAGCAAGAUUGCAGCCUUGAAUCCCGGAUUGGAUGCCCAGGGAGUACUAAGAGUCAAUGGACGUGGCCAGCGAAGAGUAUCUGAAUCUACCAUGGGCCAGAAAAUCAUUCUGCCCAGGAAUCAUGCUGUAGCCGAGAGGAUUGUUCGUCACGUCCACCAUUUCAUUGGUCAUCUGGGGCGUAAGCACGUGAUAGCCAAGUUGCGGGAAGACUUCUGGAUUCCUCAAAUCCGCGUUCUAGUUCGCUCAGUCCUUAAACGAUGCGUCAGGUGCAAGAAAGUCCUCGCUAAACCCACGAGCCAACAGAUGGCACCUUUACCAGAGGCACGCCUCAUGGCAUAUGAAACACCUUUCUCAUACACUAGUAUGGACCUUUUCGGCCCCUUGCAUGUCAAACAUGGCCGAGGAACCACAAAGCGUUGGUGUUGUCUCUUUACCUGUUUAACUACUCGUUGUGUGCACCUGGAAGUUGUUAACUCAAUGGAAACAGAUGAUUUCGUCAUGUGCUUGAGGCGCUUCAUCAAUCGUAGAGGCGAAGUGAAAGAGAUUCGUUGUGAUAAUGGCUCUAAGUUUGUGGGAGCUCAGCGCGAGCUAAAGGAGAGUCUCGAGAAAUGGAAUCAGGGGCGGAUUGAGAGUGAGCUUAUACAACAUGGCUGUAAAUGGAUAUUUCAGCCCCCUACCGCUUCGAGUAUGUCUGGCGUGUGGGAACGUUUGGUUCGUAGCGCGAAGACAGUCCUGAAGGCUAUCUUGGGUGCACACGUGGUCAUAGACGUGGUCUUGCAAACGCUGCUCACCGAGGUCGAGCGUGUUUUGAACGGCAGAGCCUUAACUGCAAACUCUGAUGAUCCCAGCGACUUUGAGCUGCUAACGCCUGGACACUUCCUUAUGCAGCGCAAAGUUAUUUUCUUACCACCUGGAGUCUUCGACAAGUCUGACAUGUAUAAGAAGAAGUGGAGGCAAGUGCAAUAUCUUGCCAAUCAGUUCUGGGAGAGGUGGCUUAAGGAGUAUUUACCCAGCUUACAGACUCGGGCUAAAUGGCGGAAGGCGUUACCUAACGUCAAACAAAAUGCGUUAGUGUUGCUAGUCUAG